CCCCCAGAGCAGGCUGUGGCCACGCCGCCGGAGCACGCUGCGGCCGUGCCACCUGGCCCAGCCUGCUGGAACAUGCUGCGGCCAUGCCACCUGGGCUGGCCCACCGGAGCAGGCUGCGGCCACGCAGAGGAACUUGUGCAGUUCCAAGGUAAAAAGCCCUUCACAGAAUAUUCUUCUUCGAUGUUUAUAUAAUCUAAACCAAGAACUCUGACAAGGUUUUUGUGCCAUGAAGUUUUUAUUUAAACUCCCGAUUUUUAACUCUGUUUGGACCCCGAAGUCACCUUGUAGAUUCUUCAGCAAACAUUGCCGAGGAUUUGCCCCUCAAAAUAUCUCUGGCUAUGAAUCCCCGAGCCUCUAUAAAGAGUUGCCAGAGCACUUUAAUUUUGCAAGUGAUGUUUUGGACAAAUGGAGUCAAAUGGAAAAGAAUGGAGAGAGAGCCUCCUCAAUCCCAGCCCUCUGGUGGGUAGGUGAUCAAGGCAAUGAGGUAAGGUGGGGUUUUGAGGAGCUGGGAUUUCUAUCCAGGAAAGCAGCCAAUGUACUCUCUGAUGCAUGUGGUCUGAAAAAGGGAGACAGAGUUAUAGUGAUGCUACCCCGGAUACCAGAAUGGUGGUCGAUAACAGUGGGCUGCAUAAGAACAGGAAUUAUCUAUAUUCCAGCAACAACCCAGCUGACAGCUAAUGACAUUUUCUAUAGACUCCAGGCUUCUAAGGCCAAAUGCAUCAUUACCAAUGAUACACUGGCACCUGCAGUGGACUCAGUUGUGUCCAAGUGCCAGUUUCUAAAAACCAGGCUAAUGGUAUCUGAAGGCAGGAGGGAUGGAUGGCUGGACUUCAAAGAACUACUCAAAGCUGCACCUGGUGAUCAUGACCCUGUUAAGACAAAGAGUCAAGAAGCAAUGACUAUCUACUUUACUAGUGGAACCACAGGUUACCCCAAAAUGGUGGAACAUUCUCACAGUAGUUUUGGUAUUGGAAUGACCUCGACUGGGAGGUUUUGGUUGGAUUUAAAUCCCUCUGACAUAUUGUGGGGCCUGUCUGACCCAGGCUGGGUAAAAUUUGCCUAUGGCUCUUUCUUUUCUCCAUGGAUUCAGGGAGCGUGUAUCUUUACACACAGCAUGCUGCAGUUUGAGGCAACAACCGUCCUGAAUUGUCUGUCCAGGUUUCCUGUAACCUCUUUCUGUGGUACACCAACUGUUUAUCGCAUGCUGGUGCAGCAUGAUCUUACCAGCUACAAGUUCAAGAGCCUGAAGCACUGCCUAAGUGGGGGUGAGCCACUCAACCCUGAAGCGAUGGAGAAAUGGAAAAGCAAAACAGGGAUGGAUAUCUAUGAAGGAUACGGCCAGACUGAAACAGUUUUGAUAUUAUCAGUUUGCAAAGGGAUGAAAAUUAAACCUGGUGCUAUGGGAAAGGCGUCUCCACCUUAUGAUGUUCAGGUAAUAGAUGAAAAUGCUAAUAUUCUGCCUCCUGGGGAAGAAGGAGAUAUUGCCAUCAGAAUCAAACCAACAAGGCCAUUUUGUAUUUUCUCUCAUUACGUGGAUGAACCAGAGAAAACUGCUGCAUCAGAACGUGGGGAUUUUUAUAUCACAGGAGACAGGGGCAUUAUGGAUGAAGAUGGAUACUUCUGGUUUGUUGGAAGAGCUGACGACAUCAUUUUAUCUUCUGGGUAUCGUAUUGGACCAUUUGAAGUAGAAAAUGCCUUGAUGGAGCACCCGGCAGUAGCAGAAGCAGCUGUUGUCAGCAGCCCAGAUCCCAUCAGAGGAGAGGUGGUGAAAGCCUUUGUUAUUCUGUCUCCUGACUUUGCAUCACGUGAUCCAGAAAAAUUAACUAAGGAGCUGCAAGAGCAUGUCAAAAAAGUUACUGCACCUUACAAGUAUCCCAGAAAGGUGGAAUUUGUUCAACAGCUACCAAAGACAAUCUCUGGGAAAAUCCGAAGGAAGGACUUAAGGAACAAAGAGUGGGGGAGAACUUAGCUUUGUUGUGGAGUUAAGAGUAUAAAUUUUCAUUUCUGCUAUAAUCAUUCAUUGCUUCUUCAGGCUAUGACCUGUCCUCUGUUGAUAUCAGAAGGAGCUAGAUAGUAUUUGUGAUGAGGAAUAGACAUUGUCACUGUUUGCUGUAAUUUGCAUUGUUCCGGGGCCUUGGGAUGGUUAUGAAACUCAGUGGACUUGAUUCUCCUACCUUUUACACUGAUGUAAAUCAAGAGAAACUUCAUUGAAGGCAAUACUGUGAGAGGAGAAUCAGACCCUAAACUCCUCUUCAUCUUUCUGUUUGAUUAUUUUCCAUCUAUGCCUUAUCAUUCAAUACUGACUGUUACACUGCUGGCA